AUGAACCUUUUCAGGAGAGACGCCAUGAGCUCCAAGAAGGAGAAGAUCGUCCAGUAUGAAGACCCUCCGGAUGGGGGCUGGGGGUGGCUUGUUGUGUUGCACUGUUUCCUGGUGAAUGUCCUUGUUAUGGGAACACUGAAGAGUUUUGGCAUUUUCUUUGUGGCUUUUCAAGAUGAGUUUGGGGGCUCAGCAGAGAGCAUAAGUUGGAUUGGCUCAAUCAUGUCCAGCCUUCGACUGUCCGGAGCACCAAUUGCCUCAGUUGCCUGUGCCAAAGUGGGCACCAGGGUGACUUCCAUCACUGGAGCUUUUCUGGUUAGUGGGGGCUUCCUCUUGAGCAUUUUUGCCAACAGUGUUGUCUACCUCUAUGUCAGCAUGGGCGUUGUAGUAGGAAUGGGCUUUGCACUGUUAUACCAGUCCUUCUCAGUGGUCACAGCCAUGUACUUCAAGAAGCGGCUGGCGACAGCAUACGCUAUCGGCAGAUCUGGGAUGGGUCUGACAUUUGCCUUAGCCCCUUUCACACAGCUGCUUUUGGACCAGUACGCAUGGCAAGGGGCCUUGCUGAUUCUUGGGGGUCUGAUGCUGAACCUGGUGGCCACAGGGAUGUUGCUGAGACCCAUUAAGAUUAAGUCAGUAGCCCACUCCACUUCAGUGCAGAAGAGUCCCUCCCUUUCCCUUCGUGGAGCCCCUGAAAAAGACUCUAAAACCUGUGUGAACGGAUCCUUAUCCAAUGGGCUGUCCUCUAACGAGAUCUGUUCCAACGGGAUCUCUCCAAACGGGAUCUCCCCAAACGGGAUCUCCCCAAACGGGAUCUCCCCAAAUGGGAUCUCCCCAAACAGGAUCUCCCCAAAUGGGAUCUCCCCAAACGGGAUCUCUCCCAAUGGGAUCUCUAAAUGCCCCCUAUCAUUGCCCUGUUCCACCCCAGACUGUAUUCAGAAGCAGAGCACUCAGGAUCAUGCAAACGCUGAGAUGAACCCACUUGUUCUUAAUGGAGUGAAUGGCCUUGAGAGUCACCAUGAGAAGUGCUCUCCACCAAACUCCUCUGAACUCAACGGGAGCCUGAAUGGAUCCACAGUAGUAGGAUUGUCUUCACAUGUCAGUACACCCACCGAGGUACCUGUCAAAGAGGCCAAAGUGCUGGACUGGUCAUUGUUAAAAGACCCUUUCUUUUGCAUCUAUACCUGGUCCUUAAUCUUCAGUCAGCUGGCCUAUUUCAUCCCAUAUUUUCACUUAUCAGCCCGCGCCAGGAACCUGGGCAUCGACGCCAUGGAUGCGUCCUUCAUCAUCUCUGUGGCAGGGAUCACAGAGACCAUAGCUCAGUUGGCCUCAGGUUGGAUUGCUGACCAAAACCUGUUCCACAAGUACCACUACCACAAGGCCUACCUGAUCCUGUGCGGGCUUGUCAACCUUCUGUCUCCCCUGGCAACCUCCUACAUCCUGCUCAUGGUGUACGCGGUCUUCUUUGCCAUCUUCUGCGGUGGCUACAUGGCGCUGCUGCUGCCCGUUCUGGUGGACCUUGUGGGUGCGGAAAAACUCAAUAACUCCAUGGGCUUCUCCAUGUUCUUUGUUGGACUGGGAUGUCUUACAGGGCCUCCUUUAGCUGGCUUCCUGUAUGAUUACACCCAGACUUACGACUGUUCCUUCUACCUGGCCGGCCUGUGCUACCUGCUCUCCUCCGUGUCCCUCUUCCUGGAGCCUCUAGCUCAGCGCUGGAAGGGCCCGAAGAGAAGAAUCCAGUCCCCAAAACCUGAGAGUAGCAGCUGCAAAACCAACGGCUGCUUCACCCCAGACCGCUCACAGAACGGAGCCAACGGAGUCGUGUGA